GGCUCGAGCUCCCCCAGGCGCGUUCCGCCGGUCCGCUCGCGCGGCCGGGUGUUUUCUGUUUCCUGCAGCCGUGCAGGGGCCCAGCCACCACGCUGGGACACGGGAGAGCGACCCCGGAGGACAGAAUGUGUUGCGAGAAGUGGAACCACGUGGCCGAAAUGCUGCUCUUCAUUGAAGACCGCGAGGAGGAGUACAGGAUCCUUUGCCUCUGCUCCCGGGCGUUUGUGGAGGAUCGAAAAUUGUACAACUUGGGAUUAAAAGGCUAUUACAUCAAAAACAAUGACAGUAAUACAGGAGACCAAGCUACAGAAGAGGAGGAAGAUGGUCAUUCCCAUAGCACUGCAGAAUCACACAGCCCAGAUGAAAGUGAACUUGAUUCUGAGGCCAAACUCAUGAAAAGUAUGGGAUUGCCAAUUCAGUUUGGUAGAGUGUCUGCACAUGAAAGUUUUGAGGCGUCUAUGAAUACAAGAAAUAAAGUAAAGCAAAAAAGAAGAAAACACCGAAAGAAGUAUUUAGAUAAAAUGGUGUUGGAAUCUUGGAGAAAUGACUAUGAAGAAGAUGACCUGUUAGCUUCAGAUGAUCCAUCUUCAGUUGAACACUGUGAGGACAACAGAAUAUGUGAAAUUCAGAGGGAAACAAAUACUGAAGCAGAAGGCCUUCCUGUUGACAGUACAGUGUCACCAAAGCUAGAGGUCACAGAGAAUUGGGAGAAGUAUUGGAGUGAGUAUGGAGAAGGGCUGUUGUGGCAAAGCUGGCAGGAAAAAUACCCAGAUCAGACCCACUCUUCUGAGCCUUGGAACCUUCCUGAUACAAAGGAAGAAUGGGAGCAACACUAUAGUCAGAUAUAUUGGUAUUAUUUGGAACAGUUUCAGUAUUGGGAAGCUCAGGGUUGGACUUUUUCUGCCUCGCAAAACAGUGAGAUAGAUGUUUGUGCAUCUCAAGCAAAGGUUGACAGGAAAGAUACUAGCAGCGUGAAAGUGGAUUUAACGUCUUUUUCAUCUUCAGCUAACACAGUUGAAGAUGAAAGUCCUAGUUCAAAUGAUAAAGACCAUAAUGAAAUUAUUGCUGGAAUUAAUAACAUAGUUCUGACUUCAGAAGAAGUAGAACAGAGUGAGUUAGAUUCCUCUGUGCACUGUGACAAGCUGCUGAGUGAACUAAGCAGUGGGAAAGAGUGCCCUGCCUCUGGAGGAAGUAACUCCUGUAAUGGAACACCUAAGAAAAGUGACGGAUCUGGGAACAGAAACACGGAUCAACCGGCUCAAGAGUUUCAGGAGUCUUCAGGAACAAAUACAAAUAAAGAAAGACCACACUCCAACAGGACUGAUGGAAAUGAGAGUGAAGAUGAUCCACCUGAGCAUAAGCCCAGCAAAGUGAAGAGAAGUCAUGAAUUAGACAUCGAUGAAAAUCCAGAUUCAGAAGUCGAUGACAAUGGUUUUCUUCUAGGAUUCAAGCAUGGCUCAGGACAAAAAUAUGGUGGAAUUCCAAAUUUUAGUCAUCGACGGGUCAGGUAUCUAGAGAAGAACGUGAAAAACAAGUCAAAGUACCUGGAUAUGCGCAAGCGGAUGACUGUGAAAAACAAGCACGUGCUGUUCACCGAGGAGCCUGGAAAACCACUUCUCAAGAAGAGUAAAGUGCGGAGUAAGGUGGAAAAAUUCCUAAAAUGGGUUAAUGAACCAGUAGGUGAGGAGACGUCACAGGAGUCUCUUUCUUACAACAAAACACAAGACACUUGCACAAGCAGUGACUCAGAGGAAAAAGACCUGUCCUUGGAGAAAGCUGAUGACCUGAUGGAGACCAGAGAUCCAGAUCCUGAAAAAUGUCAGACUAUCUCUUCAGCCAGUGAAUUUGAAGCAGAAAAGAGUGAAGGGGCCUCCUUGGUAGCAACUGUUCCAGAGAAGCAGGGUUGUGUAGCUGAAGAAAUAACAAACUCUCCCCACACAGAAACAGAAGUUGAAAUAAAAAAGAAGAAAAAGAAGAAAAAAGGCAAGAACAAAAGGAUAAAUGGUCUGCCACCUGAAAUAGCCUCUGUUCCAGAGCUGGCAAAAUACUGGGCCCAGAGAUACAGGCUGUUCUCUCGUUUUGAUGAUGGGAUCAAGUUGGACAAAGAGGGCUGGUUUUCGGUUACGCCUGAGAAGAUUGCCGAGCACAUUGCUGGCCGUGUCAGUCAGUCCUUCAAAUGUGACAUUGUAGUAGACGCUUUCUGUGGAGUUGGAGGAAAUACCAUUCAGUUUGCUUUAACAGGGAAAAGAGUGAUUGCCAUUGAUAUUGACCCUGUUAAGAUUGAUCUUGCUCGGAAUAAUGCAGAAGUUUAUGGGAUAGCAGAUAAGAUAGAGUUUAUAUGUGGAGAUUUCCUGCUGUUGGCUCCAUGUUUAAAGGCUGAUGUUGUGUUCCUAAGCCCGCCUUGGGGGGGUCCAGAUUAUGCUACUGCAGAGACCUUCGACAUUAGGACGAUGAUGUCUCCUGAUGGCUUUGAAAUUUUCAGGCUUUCUCAAAAGAUCACUAAUAAUAUUGUUUAUUUUCUUCCAAGAAACGCUGAUAUUGACCAGGUGGCAUCAUUGGCUGGGCCUGGAGGGCAAGUGGAAAUAGAACAGAAUUUUCUUAACAACAAAUUGAAGACGAUCACUGCAUACUUUGGUGACCUGAUCAGAAGGCCAGCCUCCGAAGCGGAAGUGUGAUGCUGUAAAGCACAGAAAGAUCAUGUGGAGUUAGACUGGCGUUCAAGCGAGAGACGCUGGGAAGGUCUUCCUGGGCCCCUUGAUAUUGUGUGAACAUGUGGUAUGGAGACUUGUGAGUUUUAAAGAAUGCUCAUGACACCGCUUCAUAUCCUCCAGUAAUGUGAAGUGACUGUGUUAACUUUAAAACAGUCAGCAUCAGUCAAGGUCGGGUUCCUGUAAUGCCAGCACUUUAGAAGUGAAGGCGGAAAGAUCAUGAGUUCAGGGUCCUCCUGUGCUGCCUGCCGCACAACUCAGGGCCAGCCUGAGUUACAGCGUGAGAACCUGCUUCAAAAAAAAAAAAAAAAAAAAAUCAUAAAAAGUCUAGGCAUGUCCCUGAGUUCAAAUUAAGUGCAUCUGUGUAUAUAUGUAUGUUUUUAUUCUUUAACUAUGUUUUGAUUUAACAUCAUUGUGUGUAUGUAAAUAAUUAUUGUUUUUUUUUAAAUACAAAGAAAAAACAGUUCUAUCUAUACAUUUUCCCCUAUUGAAAUAAUGUUACCAAUUUAAUACUAAAACAAGAAAAGUAUAACUCCCACCAUUUUACCUACCUUUUAUUCAACUAUCUAAAAAUAAUCGCAGUUAAUGGUAUUUUGGUUUUUACUUUUUUAUUACAUUUUUAUUUUGUCUUCAUGUGCGUGUGUGUAGAGGUCAGAGGACAAUUUGCAGGCAUCUCUUUACUUCUACCAUGUGGGGUCAUGGAAAUCAAGUUUAGGUCAUCAGCCUUUAUAGUAAGAGUCUUUACCUACUAAGCCAUCCCGCUGGUGCCCCUGCUGAUAAUUCUUCUGAAGAAAAGACUGUAGUAUACCAGUGUGUUCUGAUACAGUUUCCCUUUGACGCACUUCCUGUCCAUUCAGUGCCUUCCCUUUUUGGAUACUUAAUGUAUAUUUUAUUAAAUAGCUGCUUGAGAGAAAGAGUGUGUGUGUGUGUUUGUGUGCACACGCACCGUGUGUACACAGGUGCCCACAGAUGCUCUCCAGGGGAGAGUGUUGGGUGGCUUGGAGCUGGAGUUACAAGUGAUUGUGAGCUGUCCAGUGUGGUUGCUGGAAAAUGCACUUGGGUCCUCUGGAAGUGGAAGGAAGUUCUCUCUCUAGCCCAAGAUGCUUUUUCUUCUUUUUAAUCAAUGUUUUUACUUUUCUGGUUUGGUAUGUUUUUGUUUUUGUUUUCAGAUAAUCUCCUGUAACCCAGACUGGCCUCAAGUUUUCUGUGUAGCUGAGGAUGACGUUGCGCUCCUAGCCCAUUGACAUACCUGGCUUCUCAGUGUAUCUUGAAGGCCGUUUCAGUUCAUACAUGUCAGUCUACCUCGUUUCUUAAAUGGCUAUCUUUUAAUCCAUUGUCUGUAUGUAUAAACGGUUCUCUACUGAGAGCCACACAGGCUGUUUUUAUGGUUUUGUCAUUACCAACUGUUAUAUAGUUACUGACAAUAUUUGCUGUUAAACAGGUUUUUCAAUUGGUAAGUUUCUAGCAGUUAGACCGCUGGGGUUUGUACAUUUCAGUCUUGAUUUAAAAAAAACAAAACAAAACAAAACAAAUUGCUUCAAUAAAGUUCAACUUGCUUUUAGGCUUAUUUAUCUCAA